AUGCGAGACUCCGGCACGAAAGCGUCCUUGCACAGCAUCUGCGAACCGGACCCGAAAGCGCCGAGGGUCUCUGGGGGCUUCACUCCUCUGAGCGUGGGCGGGGUACGACCUUCGGAUGUGCCCUUGGAGGGAAUCGACUGCCCCUGGAAGUAUAGGAACGGGCUGUCAGAGCUUAGACCAGCGGUGCGAGCUUUUGCGCUGAGGUGGUGCAACUUUCGCAAGGCUCCAGCGCAAGGGAACAACGCGCCUCUGAAGCUGGAGGAGUUCGUCGCCAUGCGAGAGGGGCUUCCGGCGAACGUCGCCGCUCUGAUCGACCUCGUGACGGAGUCGGGAGCUUGUGGCGAUCCUGCCACGUGUGCGAUUUGCAAGGCGGUGCCGCGGCGACCAUGGAUGGCAGGGUUCCUCAAGGACGGGCCCGUGGGAGCGACCGGCUGGUGCCCGACGCACUUUCAGCCGUACGGAGCCCUCCUCCACGCGCUGCUCAUCCCCCGCUACUCGUGGGUUUUUGGGCACGUGGUCACGCUAAAGCUGCUGAGACACGUGCUGUUGGAGGGCCCUCUUUACGAGCGCGGACUGGCGUACCUCUCGAACGACGGCCCCAUGGUGGCGGCCAUCUUGCGCCUCCACCCCGUUGCCGGGGGGCUGUAUGCCUUCCCACCGACGCUCCGUCCGCUCGUGCGCGACAUCUAUGCCACGAACCUCCUUUGCUUCGAGCCGAGCGCAAACCGGCCCGGUCCGUCCUCGCGAUCGCCUCUGGCCGCUCUCCAUGAUGCUACCGAGCAUCUGUGGACAAUCGAAGCCGAGAGGCUGAGGCUCAUGGGCCAGCUUGAGGCGGUCGCAAUGGAGUACGUGGAGCGGCGAGGGGCGGCACUCAAGAGGGUCGCCAACUCGCUCCUGUUUGAGCUGGAGGUUCGCGAACCCUCGUGCUACAGCGGCGAAGAGUUCCUUCGAGCGCCAUCGGCCGCUUAUGAGGAGCGGGUCGGCGCCGUUUCGGUCUACUCUUUUCACCCCCUGCUGUAUGGGCGGCCGCAGUUCACGGAUUGGGAGGACGCUUCGGGUCGCGGGAGAAAGGGUUCCGAGGAGCGGCUCAUGCAGCACUGCAGUGCUCCAAACCGCCGCUCGUCAAAGGGGCGCGCUGGGGUGUUCAUCGCAUGCUGUCAGGAUCGAGCGCCCUUGGGGUACCACUGGCUGAAGGGCGGUGAGAGCGUCUCGGACCUUGGGACGGUGCUCCUGACGCGGUUCCCUUUCAAGACGCUGCGGGGCAUGACCAUCGUGGAGGACGCCGCUUGCAACGCGCAGGAGUGGUUCUUGAACCGGGUGCCUCAACUGGCCAAGUUCAUGCUGUUCGUCGUCGACCGCUUCCACUCGGGUCCCCUGGAGCAAGGGUAG